AUGGCACCGCUGCUGAGUCCAUCAGUGGAAGGAGAGGAACUAUAUUUGUACCUAGCGGUAACCCCACAUGCAGUGAGCUCAGCAUUGAUAAGAGAGGAAGAUAAAGUACAAAGACCUGUGUAUUAUACAAGCAAGGCAUUGAAAGGAGCGGAAGGACGAUAUCCACAAAUGGAGAAGUUGGCCUUCGCACUAAUCACAGCUUCAAGGAAGCUGAGGCAUUAUUUCCAAGCAUAUGUCAUUAAUGUUAUGACAGAUCAUCCUCUCAAAAAGGCAAUGAAUAGACUGGAUGCUGCAGGACGAUUAAUCCAGUGGGCUGUGGAGCUAAGUGAGUUUGAUAUCAGAUAUCAACCAAGGCAUGCCAUAAAAGCUCAAGCCCUAGCAGAUUUUAUUGCAGAGUUUACCCCAAGUCAUAACGAGGCAGAGGACAGCAAGAGAUGGAUCGUCCACGUGGAUGGUUCGUCUACACGGCAUGCAGGAGGAAUUGGUGUGGUCCUGCAGUCCCCAGAGGGAGACAAGCUGAAACAUAAAGUCCGUCUACAAUACCAAACGACAAACAAUGAAGUCGAAUAUGAAGCCCUCCUCAAAGGGCUAGAAUUGGCGAAGUCCGUGGAAGCCAAGUCCAUACGUGUCAUGGGAGAUUCCCAACUGAUCAUGGGGCAAGUGAAUGGGAUGUAUGAAGCGAAGGAAGGACGAAUGAAGAAAUACCUUGGUAGGGUGAUGCGCCUUGUGAAAAGGUUUGAAAAAGCUGACUUCGUUCAAAUCCCCAGGGAGGAGAACGUGGAAGCUGAUACUAUAGCAAAAGAGGCCUCAGCAGAUGAAUCAUUAGAGAAGUCAGAUGAAGUUCAGUAUAUGCCAAGUAUAGAUGCCCAGGAAGUACAGCAGGUAGAUAACAAAGAAGAUUGGAUGACUCCCAUUAUAUCAUAUUUGAAAGAUGGACGACUACCAGAAGAAAAGGACGAAGCCAGAAAGGUGAGGGUGAGAUCAGCUAGAUACGUCCUUAUGAAUGAAGUGCUAUACAAGAGAGGUUUCUCUCAACCUUACCUUAGGUGCCUAGCUCCGGACGAAGCAAACUACGUGCUGAGAGAAGUUCACGAAGGGGCCUGUGGCAAUCACUCAGGAGCCAGAUCACUUGUCCACAAGAUCGUCCGUGCAGGAUAUUACUGGCCGAACAUGCAAGCUGAUGCAAAAGCAUAUGUUAAAGUCUGCGACCAAUGCCAGCGAUUUAGCAAUGUCCCCAGGCAACCGUCGGAAUACCUCACCCCAAUGGUAGCACCGUGGCCCUUCGCACAAUGGGGAUUGGAUAUCUUGGGUCCCUUCCCUUUGGGAGUAAGGCAGAUGAAGUUUUUAGUUGUGGGCAUCGAUUACUUCACCAAAUGGAUUUGGAGUGCCGAGGGUAUUGGUGUCUGA